CCCAAAUGGAUGCAACGUUUCGGUUCGCGUAAUUGGAUGUUAUUAUGGAUGUGUUGGUUUUGUACGGUACAAGGAUUGUUAGUGAAUGGAUUGGUGCCGUCAGCAAUCACUUCAAUUGAACGUCGUUUUCAGUUCUCUUCGUCGACAAUUGGACGUAUUAUGCAGUUCUAUGAUUUUGGCUAUGUGCUCCUAUGUAUACCGGUGUCUUAUUUCGGUGGUCGUCAUUCAAAGCCAAUGGUGCUCUCAAUGGGUCUUUUAUUAAUGGCUUUAGGAAGUUUCAUUUUUACGAUGCCGCAUAAUUUAUCUGACUCAUAUACAUCUACUUCCGGUGCUGAGGAAUCUAGUUUUGGGAAGUGUGGUAUUCCUGGGACGACUACAUUCUUCGAGCCAUUAUCGGGUGCCAGUGCAGAAGCCUUGAAGACUUGUCCGUCUCCUGAAAAUCAGCCAGGCACAUUUCGAUACGUGUUCAUGUUUUGCUUGGCACAUUUCUUGCAUGGUAUUGGUGCCACUCCGUUGUUUACAUUAGGCGUUAGUUAUAUCGAUGAAAAUGUUGGACCUGCGCUUUCUUCGUUAUAUCUAGGCGUCUUCUAUGCAUUCGCAAUAUUCGGACCUGCAUUUGGUUUUCUGAUGUCUAGUUCAUUUCUUCAGUAUCACACUGAUUUUCUACAACCUGAGCAUCAGUUUGCAAUAGUAAACAUCGAUGAAUCUGAUCCAAAAUGGGUCGGUGCUUGGUGGAUUGGAUUUCAGAUUGCCUGCUUGUUGGCUCUGAUUGCUGUUUUUCCUAUACUGAGCUUACCGAAGGUGUUACCGGAAUCGUUAAAGUGGCAUCGAACACGACUUCAUGAAGAGACGUUGCAAGGUGGUAGGAAACGAACGCCGGAAUGCUGUGGUAUGCCGUCAGCUUCCAAAACAGCCGCAGUUUGUGGACCUUUAUUGCCAGCUGAUGGUGACGAAAAAGCAGCAGUACCAACAAUAACAAUCGGUGAAUCAAUGCCAGCAUUACAACCUAAUCGAGGUCCCAUUUGGUAUCAUAUUUGGUUAGACGUUCGGCAUAUUCCUAUCGCUAUUUAUCGAAUCCUUUCGAAUGGCAGUUAUAUGCUCAUAACGCUUUCCAUGGCUGUUGAUGGUUUAGUAAUAACUGGGGCAUCAACGUUCAUGUCGAAAUAUCUGGAGAGACAGUUCAGCGUUGCGCCGAGUAAAGCGAACAUGCUUAUUGGAUGCAUAAUGGUGCCAAUGGCUGGAAUGGGUACGAUGUUUAGUGGGUUUGUGGUGCAAAGAUUUCGGUUAAGUUGUGUGAAAACGUUAAAAUUUUGUAUCGCAUUAUUGAUGUUCUCACUACUUUUGUCACCGAUGUAUUUGAUAUACUGUGAUCACGAUCAGUUGGCUGGUAUCGAAACACAUUAUGAGAUUGACAUAGUGGCGUUAGGGAAGUACGCAAAUGAGAGCGAUCUACUUCCUUCGCUGCAAUCCAAGUGUAAUGAGCAUUGCGAUUGCGUUGGAAGUGAAUAUCAUCCAAUGUGUGCUGAAUUGGAAAAUGGACAGCAAAUCUCAUUCUAUUCACCGUGUUUUGCUGGUUGCCAACAAAAAUACGAACCACUUAGAAAGAUGUAUCAUAACUGUUCAUGCGUACCAACGAAUACGAAAUACGGCUAUAAGACCUUGAAAAGGGGUUUUUGUGAAUCCAAAUGUACUGGCUUAUUUGGAUUUUUGAUUAUGUUCGCACCUUUUUGCUUUUUCGCAUUUGCUGUUGGAGUGCCGUUAAUAUCUGUUGUGCUGCGAACAGUGGAUUAUGCGGAACGAUCAUUUGCAUUGGGUAUCCAGUGGAUAUUAGUUCGAGUAAUUGGCACCAUUCCGGCACCAGUUUUGUUCGGUUGGAUGUUCGAUGUUUCUUGCAUUCGACAGCACUUGGAUCCAUGCUCUGGACAUCAGGGAAGCUGUAUGUUGUAUCAGAAUAAAUUACUUGCCGAUUUAUUUCUGGCAUUCAGUGUAGUUGGACAGACCAUAGCAAUGGUGCUGCUAAUAUGUACACUGAUAUUUUUCGCAUCGCAAAUGCGUGACGAUCCGUUACCAACAAACGCUGUAAUAGCAGUACGUGAUAGUGAGGAUGUGGAGGGUGACUUGAACGACGAUAUGAAUGGUGAUAUAAAUAUCGAUAACAAUAUUAGUAGUGAUAACAACGUUCAGUAA